AACCUAUUCCACGCAAUGUUUUCAUUCUUCUCAUUUGUGACAGUGCUAACUAUAGAUUAUUAUUCACAACAAGCAACGGUUGUGUUUUAAUCUUGUGAAUUCGCGCGUUCGUAGUCAGUAAUGUAUUUCUAUGAAACAUGGGUAGUGUUCGACUGAAUCAAAUCUUUCUGGGAGAGGUAGCCUCUGUUCAAAAUUAUGGAGCCUUUAUUAGAAUUCCAGGAUGUUCGCAACAGGGUUUGGUCCAUAAAUCGCAGGUCAGUACGACUCAUGUCGAUGACGUAGCAGAUGUGUUACAACGUGGAGACCGUGUCUGGUGUAAAGUUAUUUCCAUGGGGGAUGAUGGAAAAAUCGGGUUGUCUAUGAAACAUGUUAAUCAAGGCAAUGGAAUGGACUUAGAUCCUAAUGGUGUUCAAUUACAAAGAGACGAACAAAAGAGAAAAUCUAUAGUCCCUACUCAAAGGAAAGUCAUCGAACUGCAGGCAGUCUUAAACACUACAUGUACCAAAUGUGGUACAGCAGGACAUUUGUCAAAGGACUGUUUCAUGAGUCCAGAUGGGAAAAAAUAUGAGUUGAUACCGGAAGUGGAAGAAGAAAGUCCUCCCAUUAUUUCAACCGAUCGGCAAUCUGAGAAUGUCGAAAAGAAGCAUAAACAAAAGAAAUUAAAGAAAAGGAAAAAGUCAAAGAAAUCCAAAGUAAAAGAUUCCAGUACCGACAGUGAUGAUGAAUCCGACCAGGAAGAUAGAAAAAAGAAGCAGAAAAAAAAACGUUCUAAAGAACAGAAGCACAAGAAGAAAAGACGCAGUAGUACCUCCAGUGAUGGGGAAACUACCGGUGAAGUAGAUAACAAUGACACCAAAACUCAUAAACGUGAUCGUUCCAAGAAAUGUAAGCAUUCAAGGUCUAAGUCAUAAUUCACCUCAGUUGCAGCUUUCUUUACAAGACAGUGUACGGACUGUUUAUCCCAGUCAAUUAUUCUUAGCAGCGCAUAGAAAGAGCCCGUGCUUACUUUCAAUUUAUAGCUGAUUACUUUAAGAAUAAAUAACAGUUCUCACCUU